AUGGCCACCUUAUCCAACCUCAUCAAAUCCGCCUCAUUGGACUUAACUCCUUAUGAAGCCCUCUACAAAUACUUCCAUGCGCAUCCUGAACUAUCUCGGCAAGAGAAAUCUACUUCGGAAAAGCUCGCAGCCCACCUAGCCCAAUGGGAUGUCUUUGACAUUCACACUCACAUCGGAGGCUACGGUCUUGCGGGUGUCUUUCGAAAUGGUGAAGGCAAGACCAUACUUCUGCGGGCAGAUAUGGAUGCACUCCCAGUGAAAGAGCAAACGGGUCUUCCCUACGCCAGUUCCAUCACCAUGAGCGAUGCUGAAGGGAUCGAGAAACCAGUCAUGCAUGCCUGUGGUCAUGAUAUGCAUAUUACUUGUCUACUCGCUGCGGCAGAAACGCUUGUGAAGCUGCGGGACUCAUGGAGUGGGACCUUGAUCGUACUAUUCCAGCCAGACGAAGAGAGAGGCGGAGGUGCUCAGGCAAUGGUUGAUGAUGGGCUGUACUCCAAAGUUCCGGUUCCAGACUAUUGCCUUGGUCAGCAUGUCAUGAGGUUGCGGGCUGGAUGCAUUGGCUCGCGCUCUGGUGCAAUUAUGGCUGCUGCUGAUAGUAUGAAGAUCACCGUUUUUGGCCGUGGUGGUCAUGGUUCCCAACCCCAUCAGACCGUGGACCCAGUUCUCCUCGCCGCACACAUCGUGGUUCGACUGCAGAGUAUCGUGAGCAGGGAAAUUAACCCCAAUGAUCUGGCCGUAUUGACGGUUGGGAGUCUCCAGGCUGGACAGGCAGAGAAUAUUAUUUCUGACCGAGCCGAAAUUGGCGUCGAUUUCCGAUCUGUUAAACUCGAGAUCCGGGAACAAAUCAUUGCGGGAAUUAGGCGUGUUGUCGAAGCUGAAUGCGCAGCGAGUGGCUCGCCUAAACCACCUAUUUUCACACCAACAAGACGUUUUCCUCCUACUUUGAACGAUCAUGAAGCUGCAUCCCAAGUUGCGGCGACAUUUUCCACUCACUUUGAGGAUUUCGAUGAUGAUAUCCCCCGGACUAGUAUUGCUGAAGAUUUCUCGACUCUGGCGACCUGUCGAGGAAUCCCGAGUUGUUUCUGGCUCCUUGGUGGCAUUGAUCAGGAACUUUGGGAUAAGGCACAGGCAGAGUCUCGUACCGAAGAGAUUCCAGGAAAUCACUCGGCUCUUUUCGCUCCUGUCAUUCAACCAACUAUGAGAAGUGGAGUGGAUGCGCUGUGUCUUGGUGCCUUGACUUUUCUUAGGAAAUGA